UGUCAUGUCAAACUUACGUCAGUUUGGAAAGAUUGAACGAUGUCAGAUGCUCUUAUAUUUUAGUGAAAUGAAAUGUAUUUUAUUUUAAUUAAAAAUAAUCAAGUGUUUAUUUGAAAAUAUUAUCUAGUGUGAACCUUAUCUACGUAUUUAAUUUUCAUUAACCAAACCAAAUAGGGAUGUGAAACAGCAUAAUCUAUCUUAUUGUUUUUAAUGUAAAUAUUUCGUCAGUAUUUUGUGCAGUGCUGAAAAACUAUGGAAUCUUUAUCGAAACAAGAGCUGAUAUCGACUAUUACUAAACAAGCUGAUCAAAUCAAGCGAUAUGAAGGUCGACUGAGAGAUGUUGUUGCUGCUUACAAAGGACUUGUUAAAGAAAAAGAGGCUUUGGAAAUAAGUCUUAAAGCUCUAAAUAAAACUGAAAGUCCAGUGGAGGGUCCAGGUGGAGAUGAGGGUAGAGAUGAAUCAGUUGCAGCUCUCAUGCUGUCUCUAUCCACCUUGACAGAAGAGAAGUCGCGGAUGGAGGAAGCAUUUCAAGCUGAUAAGAAAUUAACUAGAGAUAAGUAUGAAAACCAGAUCGCUGCAAUGCGAGAAGAGACGAGGACAUUAGUUCAGCAACAUUUGGCUGAAGUCAGUAACCUGAAGGCGAAGGUAGCGUAUGAGAUACAGGAGAGGGAGAAAGAGAGAGCUGAUCAUCAGGCCAUGAUGAAAGAGUUACACCUGAAACUGAAUAGUGAGAGGAAAACAAAAGAGAAGUUAGAAGAUAAAGUUGUACAUUCCAGUGAGGCACAAGCAUCUCAAGCAGAGCUAGAGAAACGUGUCCGAGACCUAAGCAGCUCGCUGGAGGCGGCGCAGCGUCGCCUGCAGCGCGCGGAGGCCCGCACCGUGGAGACUCCCGCGCUGCUCGUGCGACUGCAGAACAAACUGGCGCUGCUGGAGCAGUCGCACUCGGUUGCUAUACGAGAGGAGCAAAUAAAAGCGAAACGCGCAGAAGAAUCAGCGCGCAAGAUCUGUGCCCGACAAGAAGAGAGAGUGGCGUUACUAGAGAGUAAGAUAGCAGAGUUGUCGGAGACUGUGGGCCAGUACGACUUGAGGAGGCGACACGACCAACAGUUGAUACAGCAGCUCAAGGAUUCAGUCAAUGGACGGCUCAUGGACAAGAUUGCUGGCAGUAAAGAUUUUGAUGAAACGUCAGAACCAUCACAAAAAAGCGAAACAGACAACGACAAACUAGCUGACAGCGAAUAUCUACAAACGCUCAUAGACAAAAUACACAUUUUGAAAAAGGAACUCAUCGCAGAAAAUGACAAAUUGGGCAGUCCCAUAGACAUUUCAACGGUUUUUACUGUCCAAGGAUAUGAAAACGUACAUUUGAAAUGUAAAGAAGAAUAUGAGAGUUUGAAAAUGGAAUUUGAUCUUUAUAAACAGCAGAUGAAAAUGAGAGAAGUUGGGAGUGAGACGGAGAGUGACGUGGGAGAUUUGAAGAAUGAGAUCGCGUUGUUGAAGGAGAAAGUUGAGACUUAUAAGAUGGUUUUAGAAGAGGAAAAGCAAGAUAAGUUGGAUACGCUGAAGUUGUAUGAAGAGAAACACAAAAACGAGCAAGAUUACCAGAAAGAGGUUGUAUCGGAUCUGAAGACUCGUAUCAUGAGCUUGGAGAAACAGGUUCAGACCCAGCGCGACAGGUACGCGGCCCUUCUAGAGGAAACUGACAAUUAUAUCCGCGCGAGGAACGAACGGUCGCGGCGGGUCAGCGCUGAAGAACAUACGCAUUUCAAGGAAGGAAUGUUGCCUGACGUAACAGCACCGCCGCAUAUGUUGCACUAUGCGCACGAGUUGGCUAGAAAGGAUCUCGAUAUAUCACAGCUCAGGAAAGAGAAACACAUCAUGGAGGGACAGUUCAGAGAUUGUCAACGUGAGGCAACGAUUGAAAAGGAGCGGUUCAAAGAAGUGAUACGGACGUUGAAGGAGGAAAUUGACAGAUUACGUCGCAUUCAAUCCCGAGAAGGAGCAAAUCUAGAAUACCUAAAGAACGUAGUGAUGGCGUACCUGAUGUCGACGGACAACGCCGGCAGGAAGCACAUGCUGAACGCCAUCGCAGCCGUACUGCACUUCACUAGCGGCGAGAAGAAGUCUGUGCUCAGCAAUCUGGGGUGGGAUGUACAGGUCUAAUGGUUAUUUAGUCAUUUAUUUUAUGUUAUAAACACGUUUCAACAGGUUUAUGUUGUCGUGUAAGGUAAGCGUCCACAGGUCCGCAUCCGCAUUCCGUAUGACGUCAUCAGCACGCAUCGUAUGUAGGCCUUGCUGAUGAUCCGGUGCGUACGAUGCGAAUCAGUGGACGCAGUUGUAUGCGUUGCUAUAAAAGACAAACUAAAAUCCGUUGCGUGCGGUGCGUGCGAUGCGUACGAUGCGGGCUUGUGGACGCGUACCUUUAUACAUAAUAUCCAGUACUCUUAGUAUGAGUUUGAGCGCGUUCGGGCUCUGAUUGGUUGGUUAAUUCGAGCCGGCCAAUCAGAGCGCCGAACGCGCUUUUUUUCGAUUACUUUAAACAUAAAGCAAACUCAUGCCUAAGGUACAGAUAGGUAGAUAUCCAGUAUCUCUACCAUGAGUUUGAAGUAGUAAUAGUAUUUGUAGAUAGUGUCAAAUUUUACAACGCCCCUACCGGUCAACAGUGGAACUAAAAUUUGUGGUACAAAAAAAUUAACGUCGUCGCUAACGACUAUCGACAAAUACUAUUGCUUCAAACUCAUGGUAGAGGUACUGAUACUUAAAUAUAAAAGAUUAAGUUUACCUUAUAUUUAUCAGUAACGAAGACAAUUUAUUUACAAAUGUUUGUUAAACAGC